AUGGUUUACCUUCCGAGUUCCCCAAACGACAGGCGCGAGGAUGUUGGCAUGGCUAAAGCCAUCUUCUUCAAGCAGACUGAGUACUGGAUCUGGUGCUACCGUGGCAAGGAUAAGAAGCCGGUGCCGGCGGCUUCCUGCUGGAAAGGCUCCGGGAUUUGCCGGGGAAGAGGGUCCUUGAGAAAUAUUCGGGAGAUAUUCAGCGCUACUGGAGACGCUCCGGUGGGAUGGAUGCGGCGAGGGGAUUUGAGGAUGAGAGGCGAAGCCACUGGUGCUCUGGCUCUCUCGUUGAGCGCGUUGGCUACAGCAAACAUGACGAUCAUCGCCAUCGUCGUUGACCAGCAGACACGUACCAAGACUCUGAUCGCCCGCAACGACGAUCAGGAGAAGAACUUCACCCACAACGAGCUCUUCACUCUGCAGAAGAAGUUCUUAGACAACUUCAUCGCACCCAACAACACCAUUCAGGCAAAGUCUAUCAACUCCUCUUUGCUGGCCGACAAUGUUCAAGGCCGUGUCGAUAUCACACGCACCUUCGAUGGCCGUGAGCUCAAUACCGAGUACCUGUUCUAUGAUCCCCUACCUAUAGCCGACGACGUUCGAAGCCGCGUUGACAUUACACGUACCUUCGAUGGCGUGAGAUGGAUACAAGCGAAUCCUAAGUGGAGAUAA